CGCGUUCUCUCUCUCUAAGAAAAACACUCACCCUCCUCACACACACUCUCUCUCUCUCUCUCUCUCUCUCUCUCUCUCUAGAGAUUUCUCUUCCAAUCAAAUCACAGAAAACCCUGUGAGCCUCUCUCUCUCUCACGCGCACACAAAGUUUUUCAGGGUUUUUGAGCACCUGAUCGAGGUCCAGAAAUGCAGGCCUUGUAGAAGGGCUCGCGGCUCUGUUCAAUGUCCGAUCCUCUCGGCCUGAUCUACAGCUAAAACUGUUUUUGGCAUUGGGGUCUUGGAAAUGCUGAAACGUAGACUAAGAUGAGCCAAGUUGAAGUGUCGAGGAUGAGGCCUCCUCUUGUUCCGCUCGCGACUCUGAUUGGUCGUGAGCUUAGGAACGAGAAGGUUGAGAAACCUUUCGUGAAGUAUGGACAGGCAGCUUUGGCAAAGAAAGGAGAGGAUUACUUCCUAAUAAAACCUGAUUGCCAGUGGGUUCCUGGGAAUCUGUCGACAUCAUUUUCUGUUUUUGCGAUUUUUGAUGGGCAUAAUGGUAUAUCAGCUGCUAUCUUUGCAAAGGAGAAUUUAUUGGCUAAUGUUUUAAGUGCGAUUCCUCAAGGAAUCAAUAGGGAUGAGUGGCUUCAAACCCUUCCCCGGGCGCUAGUUGCAGGUUUUGUGAAAACUGAUAUAGAAUUUCAGCAGAAAGGAGAGACUUCUGGGACGACAGUUACAUUUGUUGUGAUCGAUGGUUGGACUAUCACUGUUGCAUCUGUUGGUGAUUCGCGAUGCAUAUUGGACACCCAAGGCGGUGUGGUUUCUCUCUUGACCGUUGAUCACAGGCUGGAAGAGAAUGCAGAAGAGAGAGAGCGUGUCACUGCUAGUGGGGGUGAAGUAGGAAGGCUCAACGUAUUUGGGGGAAAUGAGGUUGGCCCCCUCCGCUGCUGGCCUGGUGGAUUAUGCCUUUCUAGGUCAAUUGGUGACACAGAUGUUGGAGAAUUCAUCGUCCCAGUACCUCAUGUUAAGCAAGUGAAACUUUCAAAUGCUGGAGGAAGACUUAUAAUUGCUUCUGAUGGUAUCUGGGAUGCUUUAUCUUCUGAUAUGGCUGCCAAGUCUUGUCGAGGUUUACCUGCAGAGCUUGCUGCAAAGCUUGUUGUGAAGGAGGCUCUGAGGUCAAGGGGCCUGAAGGAUGAUACAACCUGCCUUGUUGUCGACAUUAUCCCAUGUGACCAUCCUGUUUUACCGCUAACACCAAGGAAGAAACAGAACAUGUUCAGUUCACUAGUGUUUGGGAAGAAAUAUCAGAAUUCUAUGAACAAAUCACCAAGCAAGCGUUCGACUGUUGGGGUCGUGGAGGAGUUGUUUGAAGAGGGUUCUGCAAUGCUCGCAGAAAGGCUGGGUAAGGAUUUUCCUCUGAGUGCGAGGUCUGGGCUUGUCCGGUGUGCAGUCUGCCAAGUGGAUCAACCCCCUGGUGAUGGAUUAUCAGUAAAUUCAGGGCCUUUCUUCUCACCAGCAUCAAAACCAUGGGAAGGCCCCUUCCUCUGCACUAAUUGUUGGAAGAAGAAAGAUGCCAUGGAAGGAAAAAGGCGAGCAGACCCACAGUGACCUCAUUGUAAUUUAUCUGGUAAAUUAGUAAAUGUUGAUAUAUAUUUUUUCUCUGGCAGUGUGAGCAUGCUUGGUUUUCCUAUUCGAAAUUGUUGUUAUAGAUGUGUGUAAGAGAUGAGGUAGAGAUACAGAGAGUAGGUGUUUUGGAGAUUAUGAAAAGUUUGUGUCAAGUCUGUUUGUGCUCAGCUGUUGGACUGACUGACAGAGGACGGACAUGCUAUCUAUUAGAUAUGUUUGUGAUAGUUUGAUUACUAACAGCUUGAAUUUGUAAGUAAAACAAAGAUUGCGUAAUGAUAAGUUAUGUUGCCGCA